CUACUCGCUCGUACAGUUUAAUCCCUGGGGUACAAUACCGGUACCAGUGCGGUGCGCGUGCACUCACUCUGCGCGUGCCCGCGGCCUGUAGGAAAUCCAGAAUAACGGAGCAAAGAUCAUUAUCCUGUAGGAGGAGAGGCCUUGCGAAUAUAUGCCCGACACGCCUCAUCCGGAGCAGAAACAUGAGUUUAUGAGUCAAAUCUUAGGCGUGUGCUCUGCUGGAUUCGGGGAUUUUAGUGCCGAUCCAGAGGUUCGGCCGCCCGUGUGACUCCAGCGGUAACGACAGCAGCAGCAGCAGCAGCAUGCGUGUGUGUGUGUAACUGAAGCGCAUGCAUCCGAUCAGGGCACGGACUGUCGGAACCGAAACAAGCCGUGGAGCAAACGAUCUCACGCUCACGGGUUCACCGAUCAUCAUCCGCUACAUGUGACCGAACCGCCCGAACCCAUCUGCAGCUUCUCCAACGGGCUGCGCGUUAGCACGGCAGGACAGUACAGAAUGGCUCCACAUCUGGACGUGGCCCGCAAACUGGCUUGGAUUUUACUGAAGUCGCUGCUCCGUUUCACCUUCAUGUUUGUCAAUAACUGUGUCGCCAUCCCGUCCUACUGCCUCUACCUGAUCGUCCUGCAGCCUUUAAGAGUUCUGGAUCCCCACACGUUCUGGUUUAUUGAAGGGGUGAUGUUCAGGUGGUUACUGGCGAUGGUGGCAUCUUGGGGCUGGUGUGCGGGCUACACAGUGACAGAAUGGGGUGAUGAUGUGAGGCCUAUGUCUGAAGAUGAAGCCAUGGUUAUAGUCAACCAUCAAGCUACAGGAGAUGUGUGCACCCUAAUGAUGUGCUUGCAGGACAAGGGCACGGUUGUACGAAAGAUGAUGUGGUUGAUGGACCAUGUUUUUAAAUAUACCAAUUUUGGGCUUGUGUCCCUGAUUCAUGGAGAUUUCUUCAUCAGGCAGGGCAAAGCAUAUCGAGAAAAACAGCUAGUUUACCUGAAGGAUCACCUGGACAAGUAUUACUACAGUAGAGACAGGAAGUGGAUUGUGCUGUUCCCUGAGGGCGGGUUCCUAAGAAAGAGGCGAGAGACAAGUCAGUCCUUUGCCAAAAAGAAUGACUUGCCUUACUUGACUCACGUAACAUUGCCACGGUUGGGGGCCACACAGAUUAUCCUGAAGAGUUUGGGACCCCAGCAGGAAAACGGCAUCCUGGGAACAGAUGGAAGUCCGCCAGAUCAAUGUAAUAGAUCUAAAGGACUACAGUGGGUAAUAGAUGUGACCAUAGCCUAUCCUAAUGCAAGACCCAUGGACAUUCAGACAUGGAUUUUUGGUUAUAGAGAUCCAACAGUCACACACGUGCACUACAGGACAUACCCUAUAAAGGACGUCCCAGUUCAGCCAGAAGCUCUUACAGAUUGGCUGUAUCAGCGAUUUGUGGAAAAGGAGAAACUUCUGGCUCACUUCUACAAGACAGGAUGUUUCCCUCCACUAGAUGGCCAAAAGGAGAUGGUUUCCCGAAAUAUGACCCUUGACAACGUUUGGCUGAUUUUUGUUCAAAUGUUUGCCUUCGUCUCAGGCUACAUGUGGUACAGCAUUCUACAUCACAUCUACUUCUGGUUCUUCUGACAUCUCUGAAGAGACCCUGACACGUGGGAUAAAGGAGGGAUAAAGCCAGAGACCAAGAGCUCCGAUUGCCUUUCUCCUCUGCUGGAUGGUUGAAUGUACCCUGCAAAUCGACUCAAGUUUCAUCCUUACUUUGGACAUCCACCCAAUCCCAGCUGCUUGCGCAGACGUGUGUCUAUCCUUUAGAUUUUCAUAGAACCAGUACAUUUAAACAUGCGCGCUCACAUGCAGAGAGAAGAUUAUGCACAUUUCAAUGUUUACUCAUGCACAUGUGCACACACCUCUUUUUUUUUUUGUGUGUUUUGUUUUUACUUACAAUCAAAAUUAGGCUCAGGAAUAAGCCAGAGAUAGAUCUGUUAUGUCUUCGCAUUUCCAUGGCCUGCCAUGUGAGCGUCUCCGCCCCCCUUUUUUAUCGUUAAGAGACUAACUCCCAAAUAGUAUGACUGAAUUUUUCUGAGACUGCUGUCCUCUUUGAAAUAGCCUCCUUUGGCUUUCAUUGCACUAUGAAUCCUUGUUCGCCCCCUUUCUGUGCGCCCCAACGGAAGACCCUCGGUUUGUGCUGCACACCUGUCAUUUCUCCCAAGUGGCAUUUUUGUCUUGUCGACUGGAUGCUGUUUUCUGUGUGUUUUGUCAGUAUUGCGUGAUGGUAGAAUAAUUGUGAUGUUUACACUGACUCUGCCUAUAGUUUGAAGAGGAAUUCUGGGGAAUCUAGUUAACAAACAAUAUCUGGGCCAGAAGAUGGUAUCCUUUGGUGGACUUUCCACAGUCAACGCCAUACAGACACAUCCAGGUGCACCACACAACUGCCACACAACCGAUUCAAUAGGACAAAUACCCCUCAACUCAAAGUUUUACAAAUAUUUAAGCCAUAUGCUUAUAUCUAGGGGUCAAAGAGGGGGCAGACAUUCUACUGAAUGAACUUGUUUGUUCAUUGUCCUUAAAAGGAUUUUUAAUUUUGUUUAUUUUUUUGUCUCAUUUCUGUAAAUGUGACAGCAUAACCUGCCUGUGUGAUUGUGUGUGACUGCCCAUUUCCUUUAUAAUUUUUAGAUGCUCAUAAUGUCUGGUAGCUUUCAUGUUAUAUCAAUGUCAGCGAAUAUCUGUUUACUAGUUGAGAUUUCAUUUUUGUUCCUUUUUUUUUUUUGUCAUGGGGUGUUUAAUCCUGUACAGAAAGGAGUCUGAGCUGUAACUGCAGCCCUUCAUAGAGUCCGUUUCAGCAUUUUUAGUUUUGAAAUAUCAUCAAUGUUCAAGAAAGCGGAAAAUGCAGAUGGAGCAUCUGUCCCGGCAGGUGCUGAAGUUGCUCUCGGUAUCUGAGCGUCGUCUCGGCUGCCAUUUGCGCUCCUCUGGGGUGAUCACAUGCGCUCAUUUUGAUUCAUCAAAUGAAACAAUGUUUCAUAACUGCUGCCGGACAAAAUCAAGGAUGGAUUAUGGUCACAAUUUUGAGAAAUAACGUCUCAGUUGCGUCUUGUGAGUCUCAUUGACUUUCUUCUGUGGAACAAAAAAGGAGAUGCCGAUUGACAGCCUUUUAAGUCACCAUUCACUUUCAUUGCAUCUUUUUUCCAUACAUUGAAUGUCAGUGGUCAUUUUUGGACAAAAUAUUCCUUUAAAGGAAUAGUACACUCAAAAAUGAAAUUUCCUCAUUUACUCACCCUCAUGCUAUCCCAGACGAGUAUGACUUUUUUCUGCUGUAGAACACAAAUGAAGAUUUUUAGAAGAAUAUCUCCGCUCUGUAGGUCCAUAUAAUGCAAGUGAAUGGUGGCCAGAUCUUUGAAGCCCCAAAAAAGCACAAAGGCAGCAUGAAAUUAAUCCAUAAGACUCCACUGGUUUAAUCCAUGUCUUCUUAAGCAACAUAUUACAUGUGGGUGAGAAACAGAUCAGUAUUAUAUUUAAUAUAAAUUAUCCUCCCUGUCCAGUAGGUGGCGAUAUCCACGAAGAAUGCAACUCUCCAAAAACAAAAGAAGUGCGCUUAGGAGGGCUGUUUGGAAGUGGAGAUUUAUAGUAAAAAAAGGACUUAAAUAUUGAUCUUUUUCUCACCCACACCUAUCAUAUCGCUUCUGAAGACUUGGCUUAAACCACUGGAGUCAUUUUGAUUACUUUUAUACUGCAUUUAUGUGCUUUUUGGAGCUUUAAAGUUCUGGUCACCAUUCACUUGCAUUAAAUGGACCAACGUAGCUGAAAUAUUCUGCUAAAAAUCUUCAUUUGUGUUCUGCAGAAGAAAGUAAGUCAGACACAUCUGGGAUGGCAUGAGGGUGUGCAAAUAAUGAGAGCAUUUUCAUUUUGAGGUGAACGAUUCCUUUAAGAGCUGUUUGUCUAUUUAUAUCAGCCAUAACCCAUUCUUGAACAGAAGGAUCAGAGAUGUAGAUGAAAUGUUGUGUAUAGGCACAAAAUAUUUGAGACUAGCUUUAGACGAUCUUGAGAAAAAUGGAUCCGAGCUCAAGCUAAAAGGAAACAUUUUCCUCAAGCUUGAGACAAAAUUGUUGAAAGCCUAAUGUUUGUCAUGUGUGAAAUUGGAUCUGUCUGUGUUUGUUGAUGGGGAGAAUGCCAUGAUUGCAUCAUUUUUGUGUGCUCCUUAUGUUGAAAGGGAAUAUAGGCGUGGUCCAGCAAUAACGUACUCAAAAAUAAAAUACCCAUGUUGUGGCAAUAUUUCGAUGUACAAAUUAGAUGUUUGUAGAUGCAGAAAUUGCCCCAUCCCCCAUUCAACCUAAGCCAUGUCAUCUGUGAAAGUGAACUUUGUUUUUCGUAGCUUGCCAGAUUGAAAUGUGAAUGAUGCCAGAAGACUAAAGCCAAGUUAGAUGCGGACUGCAUUCAGAGCAGGCUACGUCACCACUAACUUCUUCCAAUGUGAGAUGCAUUGGGUUCCUCAUUUCAUUCUCGCUGUUUGUCGGAUGGAGACGUAAAUUUGUUUUCUUAAAUAUGGUUUUAUGUUUAAAAAACAGUGUGAGAUAUAUCUGUAUAUUAGCAAUUUAACCAAAUUACGAUAGAGUGGUCCAUAAUUUUCAUUUUGUACUCCUGUUUCUCUUCCUAGCUACCCAGCCAUUUUACAAACACAAAUUAAUUGUGCUGGAAUAAAAAUCAUGCGCAGCAGUGACCCACA